AGCAGCAGCAGCAGCACCAGCACGGGGCUGGAAGAUUUUAGUUUUCCACCUCUUUGAUUGACAGCUCCUGUAGCAUGAAGUGCUGGUGAGUGCACAUGACUGGGUCUUGUUAAUCUGCUAUAGCACUGCUCAUGUCAGAUCCAGCUCUCAAAAUCCUUGUGAAAUACCUCCUCAUGCUGAUCAGGGUUCUCAACUAGGACAGGCACAGAGAGCGAUUUAUCCUUUUACAACACGGCUGGAGAUUUCUAGUGUAUUGCACGGACGCAACAAAAGGCACUAGCCUGGCUUCUGGUCUGCAGCUGUUUCUGUAAUUAAGAGAUUGAGAAUUUAGGUACCUAAUCUAAUAUGUAGGGAAUGUGUUCUUUUUAAAAUACUUUUGUCGGGUGACUGGGGAGAGGAGGAAUGAAAUCUGAUUUCCGAGCAACUGAAGUGAGAAAUUGAAGAAUCUUAAUAGAGACUGUACCCUGGUGAAGAUUUAUUGCAAGACAACAGUGGAGUGGAAUUCAAUCUGUUUUGCUGUUUCACUUGCCAAUGACUAUUGUUUAUAAUAUAUAAAUAUAUAUGUGCAUACGCUUGCGGACUGUCUUUUGAAAUUGGAAGAUAUUAAAGCUGUUUUUUUAAAGCUUCCUUCUUUAGUGGAAUACAGGGCUGAAUCAAUAGAUCUGAAUUGGUAGAAGUACGUAUGUAAUAUACAUUCUUGUGAUGUUGAUUCCCUGCUGGACCUAGACACGUAUGCAUCUGUGCUGUGUGUAUUGAACUUAGUUGUAGCCACUGAUUUUUUUUUAGUUUUUAUUUUAUAAAAUCUUGGAAUAACUCUUGGGGAAUCAACCCCCCCCCCCCCCCCCCCCGACCUGUAAUCCAGACAGGCUGAUUUCAAAGGUUUCCGGAGAAUGGUAAAUGAUCGAUGGAAAAUCAUGAACACUGUUUCAGAGCUUGAAGAUGGACAACAACACAAACCUCAGACAUUCUGCGAGUGUGUCCCCAGCUCAGCUCAGCUCCAACGCCAUUGGUCAGAAUUUGAUACAGAGAGGCAAAACUCAAAAAGGAUGAGCUGUGGCUACCUUCUCUGCACCAUUCUCCUCUUCGUGGCCGUGCUGCUUGCCAUAACGGUGACGGGCACCAUCUUGUUUAUGAACCACUACCACGCCGCCGUGACGGAAGGCCCGCCACUCAUCAGCACCAACAAGGACGAGAACACCGCCUUGGUGACGGUGGAGAAGGUCGACGGCUCCCGGAUAAACAUCUUCAUCGACCCCAACUGCCCCGACUACAACAGCAACUUCCUGCGUCUGGAAGGGGUGCAGACGUCUCUCUUGCACUCCCUGACAGACCACGACUCAGACCUGAAGUCGGUGAAGGGUCAGGACAGGGCCCUGCUGGCAAGACUGGCAGAAGAGGUCAGCAAGCUGUCAGCAUACACCGGGCAGCUAAAAAUGGAUUACGAGGCCCUGAGAAGAGGCCAGGGCAACCUCCAAACAGAACAGGGCAGGUUGAUUCAGCUGCUGUCCGAGAGUCAAAUCAACAUGGUGAAGGUGGUGAACUCAGUGAACGAUGCCCUGAACUCCAUGCAGAAAGAACAGGGAGGCAUUAAAACACGUCUGAAAGCCGACCUGCAGAAGGCCCCUGCCAGAGGAGCGCGACCCAGAGGCUGUGCCAAUGGCUCCCGGCCCAGAGACUGCUCUGACAUUUACACAAGCGGACAUAGGGAAGAUGGCAUCUACUCUGUGUUUCCAACUCAUUAUCCUUCAGGGUUCCAGGUCUUUUGUGACAUGAGCACAGAUGGAGGAGGGUGGACGGUUAUCCAGCGUCGGGAGGAUGGCUCUGUGAAUUUCUUUAGAGGAUGGGAUGCAUACAGAGAAGGAUUUGGAAAGAUAACUGGGGAGCACUGGCUAGGUAUGAAGAGGAUCCAUGCCUUGACGAUGCAGGCUAACUACGAGUUGCGGAUCGACCUGGAAGACUUUGAGAACAGCACAGCGUUUGCGCAUUACGGCACGUUCGGGGUGGGCUUGUUCUCGGUCGACCCUGAUGAAGAUGGAUACCCACUGACUGUAGCGGAUUACUCUGGAACUGCAGGCGAUUCGCUGCUGAAGCACAACGGGAUGAAAUUCACCACAAAGGACAGAGACAACGACCACUCGGAAAACAACUGCGCGUCUUUCUACCACGGUGCCUGGUGGUACCGGAACUGCCACACCUCCAACCUGAACGGGCAGUACUUGAAGGGGCACCACACGUCGUACGCGGACGGGAUCGAGUGGUCCACCUGGACAGGGUGGCAGUACUCACUGAAAUUCGCCGAAAUGAAGAUCCGACCAAACAAGGACGACAGCAAGUGAUGAGGAAUAAAACAAACAUGUAAAAAACGCACUUCGCUCUUUGAGAAACCGUAAUGUUCAGUACUGUACGUCAUGAUAAUGAGGACUUUCUUUCAGCUUGUUUUAUCUUUUGAAAACAUCCCAGAUCACACUGUAUUGUAGGGUGUUUACCUUGCGACUGGCAGGAAAUAUCAGCGUUGUCUCAACUAAGGUAGACAGUAUUUCUUGUUUAGAAUUCAGAGUGUAUCAUUAUCAGUUCCCACUGUCAUAUCCUGGUGACAUUUUAAAUGUAAAAAAGCACCCCUGUGAACUCAACAGAGCUCUUUGAAUCAUGUCUAACAUAACUACAGUCGGUGCACCUGUCCCUCUGCACAACCCUGUCCCUGCAUGCAAGUGUUGCAGGGGGGGCAAAUUAUUGACUACACCCUGGUGUACCCGAUGCACUUUGAAUUCAGACAUGGUGUGCUCUAUUAGGGACAGAGGGGAAUCAAAACAACGAAAUACAUAACUUAACUAUUUCCUACCUUUUCCAAGUUGCAUUAAAUACUUGAUGAUGUUUUAUUAUUAUUACUAUUUAUUUAUUUAUUGAUUUAUUUAUCAUUGUUAGAUAAAAUGAUUAAUUUGGGAAUAGGGAACGUCUCAACAACUAUUUACUGUAUCACACACAGAGGCAUUACCUUCAGACAUGGUGGAAGCGCAUCUACCCUUUUAAUAGAUCAGAACAGGUCUAGUUUGUUUUGCUGCAGAAUGAUUUGAGCAGUCCCUGUCUUUGCAACCUGGGAGACGGACUUGAUUCAAGCUACCUCAUAAAUGUGAAGGGAGUAAGUCCUAGAGGUGUCACGCCACACUAGAAUCAGUAUACCAAACAGCUUGUGGCACAUGAGCAGUAGAGCUGGCGCUAGGGGACGUUAUGGAGGUAUGUCACUGGUUACAUAUCAAGAAUAAGUCCCAUUUAUUCAUCAUUCUCUAGCCCAAGGGUGGCCAAUCCCAGUCCUGGAAGGUAAUUCCACUCCAGGUUUUACAAGUGAAAGGAGAUAAUGGACUCCUGCAGGGUCUGGGAAGAGGUUUAAUUGGUUCAACUAAACAAUUUAGAACAGGGUUGGAACAAAGACCAGGAGUGGAAUUAACUUCCAGGAUUGGCUACCCCUGCCCUUGACAGAGAAGCUGCAUGUUGUAAUUAGCGAUCUAUGGCAAUGUACUGUGCAACCCUGAGUCUCACAGUUCGUAUUGUCUAAUGAAAUAUCACGCUUGACACAAUUAAUUGCUUCACCUCUCCGCAGUCGAGUGACUUCUCCAAAUAGCAUAUUCUUCUGUUACCAAUUAACACGUUAUUUCUAGAGUUUUAUUUGAAUGGCGUACGAGUGGGAAGUAAAACACUGAAGAUUAUUCGUGCGGCUAAUACUAUUAUGUUUUGGAAAACGGCAAGAAUAUUUUUCCUGGUAAGCCCAGGAACAGUAUGUUUUACAGGGGCAUUUUAAACGGUCUGAUGUGUAAGAGCUUUUUUAGCCACAUACAGUCUGCCCUGUGUUAGUAAUCUUGAAAUCUAACUUGGGUCAGUCUGCUGCUUGGGCUUACCUUAUCUUCACACAGCCUCUGCAAAUUGGGAAAGAAAUGUGCGGAUGCAGGAAAAAAAAAAAAGUGUUUUGUGCUGAACAAUCAGUUUGGGGAGCAGCAAAGGACCAAGUACCUUCAUUUUUCAAUAACAGCGCAAAAUACAUAUCUUUUAGUGAGGGGGUGGGAGGUAAAAUCACAAGUUCUGUAAGAAGAGAACAUUAAAAAACAUAGGCGAGUAAAGGUUUUUAUUAUUUCUUUACUUACUUAUUUGUAGUUUAGCUGUAACUGAAAAAUAAUAAAUAUCGAGAGCUUAGAGUGUACAGUGGGUGUUUUUUCCCACCUAGGGCUGUUACAGUAUUAGACUGGUCUAUAUACCACAGGAAGAAUGACCCCUUCAUAGGAAACAUAUUACAAGGGCAAUUAGCCUAGAGCAGAAAAACCGGGCCCUCAACACCAAAACAGGAUGCAACUUGGGUGAUUUUAAAGCAUUUUGAGACUGUGUCACACACUCUGAGGGGGGGGGGGGGGGGGGGCCCUCAAAUGAGAUGCGACCUCCGACAUGGUCGGAUCAGCUAAGGCCAGGUGAUGGAGGUGUGCAAUGUUCUUGGGGGUUUAAAUGUUGCAAAGCAAUCUCAAAACAUGUUCGUUUUUCUUUACUUGUGCCAAUUUUCUUUUCAAAAUCAAGUACCUGAAUUCUGUGUCUGCAUGUUGUUUCUUUGCCUGUACUGUUUGAAGGCCUGUACUCAUGCUGUAGAAUGUAAGGAGCUCAGCACCCCUUUCUGGUGAUGUUCGUUACUGCAGAAGUAACUUUUACCCAACCUUCUGCUUGUACUUUAUGAAACCUACCCAGCCAUGACAUUGUGCACAGCCUUGAAUUGAACUUCCCCCACAGCUAUGAGUGCCAACAGCAGAAAAUAAGUCUAGUUGUAAAUGCAUCUCAUUUUUUUCACCCAAGCAGCCGUUUUCAUGAUCAUUCAUUUUGAAUCAUACUGACCUCUAACAGACUAACUUGAUGUUUUCGGUUUAGUAUUAGAGAUUGUUUUUUUUGCUGAAUCUUGAUAAUGUGUUUGAGUGUACUUGUCUGCAUUUAAUAAACAUUCACAUUUUAUAUUUA